AUGUCAUUGGUUGCUUCUCCAUCAAAAGGCGUAAAGAGGACUAGAGAUGGUAAACGUUUAGAAGAUAACGAACAAGAUGUAAUCAUAAAAACUAAAUCUAACGUUUUAGUUGGUAAAUUCUACGUAUCAUUCGUUAAUGAUGCACUUGAGAAGAAGAAAGAGGGUGAAAUUGGUCCAUAUGAUGAACUUAUCUCGCAAUUCACUUCAACUGAUAUACAAGAGUUUGAGAAGCUCAAACCUUGGCUCGAUGCUUUAUCUAAUGUGGUAUCCCAAUUAGACAAAUCUCAUUUAUCAUUAGUUGAAGCUAUAAUGUCAAUCUCGUGGACAGUUUCAAGUCACUCUUUUGUCCAGACGUAUAAAACUUUCGUUUUUAUGUUGGUUAGUGCACAUCCUGGCUACAUAAAGCUUUUACUUGGCAAAUUAAUCAAAGGUUUUACUCAUCAAGCGAAUUCGAAAGCUCUUGAGAAGCUUAGUGAGGAGGAUAAAAAUAAUUUGAAGAGACGUACUGUCUUUGAUCGUUCACACAAUCUACUCAUCAAAUUACUCGAUCUGGUCCCUACUUUACCAUCACUUCUUCAACCAAUUUUAAUUAGGCACUUUCCUCAUAAGAGAGAAAAUAAAGUACAACAGGUAACUUAUAUGAAAAAUCUUUUAUCUAUAAUCAAUUAUUGUCCUGCACUGAGCGAUGAAAUCUUUGGUUUGAUAGUAGAUAGAACCAUUCAAAUUGAUGUUGAAAUUCAAGUUGAACUUGAAGAUCUCGAUGAUGAGCUUGAAGAUGAAACUGAGGCCAUUUUUGAAACUGAGCCGGAUAUCUUUGAAAGAGCUGUCGGUCGAACAUAUUCAGAUGAGGAGUCUAGCGACGAUUCAGAUGAUGAAAACUUAGAUUUCUUAUCUGAUUUGUCUUCUGAUGAUGGUCUCAGUGAUGAUAGUCAGGAUGCACCAAUGCAGGUCUCAGCAAUUAAAGAUUUAGUUCAAAAACUAGAUGAUAUGCUUUUGAUAUUAUUUGAACAUCUAGAAAAAACUAGACAGAACACACAAGAGUUACAACUUAAUCAAUUUUCAACACUUCUCAGCGUCUUUGAACGCACUAUUUUACCAACUUUUAGAUCAAGAUAUACUCAAUUUACUUUAUUCAAAUACUCAUCAUAUGACGCGCAUUUCGCUGAUGUAUUUCAAGGGAUGCUGUUGAGUAAAGCUAUUUUCCAAAGUGAUGAACCAUCGGUGACGAGAAUAGUUGCCGCGUCUUAUCUGGCUAGUUAUGUUAGUAGGGCAAGAUUUAUUGACUCUGAUUCCACAAAACGUGUCGUUGGAUUAAUGUGUGAUUACAUCGGUAAUGAACUUGAUAACGUACCUCAACCAAUUACAAAUUUUAAAUUGAACACUUACAGUGUUUGGUUCGCUAUCGUACAAGCUGUAUUUUACAUUUUCUGCUUUCGUUGGAGGGAUCUGAUGUUAUCAAAUGAUGACGAAACCAUCUUUGAUCAUGCAGAAGCGCUUCCUAUAGGAGGAAAUACCUGGAUACCUGGAUUAGAUGUCCUUCAAAGAGCUAUUUUAAGUCCUUUGAAUCCUUUGAAAGUUUGCGCAUCUACGGUUGUCAAUCAGUUCGCAAAAGUAUCACAAUUCGCUGGAUUCCUUUAUUGUCACUCUAUCAUUGAAAGUAAUAAGCGUUCUGACGUUACACCUUCUAGCAUGUCUUCAUUAUCGACAUCCCUUUUGGGUGUUACUCAAAGUCAGAGUGCAGAACCAUAUCAAAAAGAUACACAGACUCGAUCUCUUGCAGUCUCAAAGAACAAUGGAACAGAAAUUGAAUUAGAUUCAUUCUUUCCAUUUGACCCUUAUCGUUUACCUCGUACGCAGAAAUAUAUUUCUAGUAUAUAUAGAAACUGGGAUGAAGUCGCCAUUAUAGAUGAAGAAGAUGAUAGUGACGAUGAAAGUGAACAUUUAUCAAAAUCAAAUCCUUCUCAAUCACUAGGAAAGUCACUUGAAGCUAUGUCAAUAAGUCCUUUAGCUGGAAAUAAUGCAUUUCAAAUGUAUAGAUAA